CCUUUGGCCACGCGCGUCGGUCCCCGCACUCUGGGAGCUGGGUCCUGGCAUCACGGACUUGCCCGCUCUUUCCGCCUCUCUUCUCUGUGCGCCCAUCGACAAUGGAUGGCAACUCCCUGCUCUCGGUACCAAGCCAUGUGGGUAGUUGAACCAAACUCACCUACCUGCCUCUCUGCUGCCUUGCCCGCCAGGAGACACUCCCAGGAAUCCAGCAACCCGGAGUCACCACUGAUGUGUGAGGUUUCGGCCCCGCAGCAGGGCGUCGCCAGCGGCAGCUCGGGAAGCGGCCUGGGGAGCUCCAUCACCGCGUGUAAGAAGGUUCUUCGCAGCAAUAGCCUGCUCGAGUCUACAGACUACUGGUUGCAGAAUCAGAGGACACCCUGCCAGAUUGGUUUUCUGGAAGACAAGUGUGAAAACACAACUUGCGCUUCUGUCUGCUUUGUGAACCUGGAUGUGAACAAGGAUGAGAGCAGUACAGAGCACCUGCAGCAGAAAUUGGUCAACGUAUCACCAGAUCUCCCAAAACUUAUCAACUCCAUGAAUGUUCAACAGCCAAAAGAAAAUGAAAUUGUCCUCCUAAGUGGGUUAACAUCUGGAAAUCUCCAGACAGAUUUUGAAGUUUCACAGUGUCCUUGGCUACCAGAUAUCUGCUUGGUCCAAUGUGCCAGAGGGAACAGACCAAACAGUACUAAUUGCAUCAUCUUUGAAAUUAACAAAUUCUUGAUUGGUCUGGAACUGGUGCAGGAGCGGCAGCUCCACCUGGAUACAAACGUUUUGAAAGUGGAGGAUGACACAAACUGUUCCCUGUCUUCAAUCGAGGAAGACUUUCUCACUGCGUCUGAGCACUUGGAGGAGGAAAGCGAGGUGGAAGAAUAUAGGAACGGCCGUGAAAAUAUAAAUGUCUCAGCCAGUGUUAUGGAAAGUAAAAAGCCAAAGGAAACCACCCAAGAGGAAUGGAAUUACAAUAAGGAAAAGUCACUUAAUACUUUGGAAGACAAGUACAUGAGCAAGUAUCAUACAUCGUUGAUUAAAACAGAAGGAUCUCUGGAGAAAAGAGCAGAAGAUACAAUCUUUCAGAGUCUAGAUCCAUCAGUCAACCCAUCAGAGUGGAAAGGUGGAGCUGUGGGAAAUGACAGAUCAGCCACAAAUUAUUAUUAUUCAGAAAAAUGUAAAGGUCAAGUGGAAAAAUUGCAGGCAGUAUAUAUUCCAGGCAAUGCUUAUUUCUCCAGGAUGGUUAAGAAAGAUGGACCUCCUGCCUGUGGUACUGUCACUGAGCAUGGCAACAGCUUAGACCAAGGAGACACUGGAGAUGGAACAAACUCUCUUCUUCCCAUACAAGAUGGAAAAGCCACAACUGGAGAGUAUGCUACAAAUUUAGCAGAGUCCGUGCUACAAGAUGCAUUUAUUAGAUUAUCUCAGUCUCAGCCUACACUUCCCCAGGAUUCUGUGGUCAGUGUCUCUGUAGGAAGUGCUCUGCUCUCCAGUGGCUGUUCCACGAAAGAUAUCGUGGUCCCUCGGUCAUGGAAUGAGCUCCCCAAAAUUGUCAUUGUUCAGAGUCCAGAUGGCAGUGAUGCUGCCCCUGAGCCAGGCAUCUCUUCAUGGCCUGAGAUGGAACUCGCUGUUGAAACCUCAGGUAUCCCCUCUGGAGAAACCUCUAGUAGACAGCCCCAGAGUGCUCUAGAAGUAGCAUUAGCUUGUGCAGCCACUGUGAUUGGAACUAUUUCCAGUCCAAAGGCCACAGAAAGACUCAAGAUGGAGCAAGAAGCCCUGGUUUCAAACCAUCCACUAGGAGGCAAUGAGCCACUGCAAACUCAAGCAUCCCAAGUACUCAAGGAAACUUCCCUUAGUGAAUACUCAUUUUCAUCUGCUUUGUGUGGCAUGACUCAAGUGGCGAGUGCCGUGGCUGUCUGUGGCCUGGGUGAAACAGGAGAGGUGAAGUACCCAGCGGCUUCAGGUCGCCUCUUGUCUGCAGCUGAGUCUUGUGCAGCAAUCCCCCCACUUUGUAAUUUAGUGACAAGCAGGGGCACGGAGCUGGGAAAUGAAGCCAUCGCAGAGGCGUUGCUCAAGGAGGCCUCUCUCGUUCUAACAAAGCCUAAAACCUACAGCAGCUUCGGAGACCUCAUGGAAUCAAUGAGCAGGAGAAUCAUGGAAACUGUUUCAAAGCCUCAGGCCUUGUGCUCAGAAAACGUCCUCGGAAAUGAACUGGCCCUGGCCUUGUCCAAUGUUAUCCUGAAACAUGCCAUUGAUGAAGUUCACCAAAAAAAUAAAAUCAUCGACCCCAACAAUGGCAGGCAUUCAUCUGAAGCUCUGGACACCUUGAUGGAAAGUACAAAUCAACUGCUCUUCAAUGUGAUAUGCUUCACAUUCAAGAAGAUGAGCCAUCUUGUACAGUUGGGUGAAUGUCCCACCAUCCUUUCUAAGGAGACCAUUGGAUGGAGAGAAACAGACCUAGGCUGCCAGCCACCUAAUCAAGCUGCUGGUCAGGCAUGGAUGAAAACCACUGAAUACUCCAGCAACCAUCCACUUAGCAAUCCACAUAGCACUAGUCUUGUUAUCAAUGAUGCUAUAGAUAAGGUGCAUCCAAAGCAAGACAGCAAGAGCCCAGCGAAACCAGGCCUCUUCCAGAGCCCAACAAUGCAAUCUGAACUGUCUUGUAGUCCCAGAGUGCCUGGUGCUUCGAUUGCUAAAACAUCCCCUGAGGAAAUAUAUCUGAAAGGAACCAUGGCAAAGGAUACAAAAAACCCUCAUCAGAUGCCCAGUCACAAUGAGAGUGAAGGUAGAGUCCCCUCAGAGGGACAGAGGACACCGACAGUCACCAAGUGCAGCAGCGUUUCCCAGGAUGCAAAGGACAGCUUCAGUCCAAACACUCCGCCUCUAAAAAAUGAAGUUCAAGUUAGUCUGUCUUUGUUAGAGAAUGACGUGCCGCUUCCUGCUCAAUCCAUGCUACAGGCAAAACACACAGAGGCAUACUGCAUUACAGACUUUGCGGAAGAAUUAGCAGAGACCAUUGUCUCCAUGGCAACUGAAAUCGCAGCAAUUUGCCUUGACAACUCAAAUGGAAAACAGCCCUGGUUUUGUGCAUGGAAAAGAGGAAAUGAUUUUCUGGUUACCCCGAACGUAUCCUGCCGAUCCUUGAAGAGGAAGGAGAGCCAGGCCGGUGGUGCCACCGUGAGGAAACACAAGCCACCACGGCUCAGUGAGAUUAAGAGGAAAACGGAUGAGCAUCCGGAGCUUAAAGAGAAGCUGAUGAACAGGGUUGUGGAUGAGUCCAUGAACCUUGAGGACGUCCCAGAUUCUGUCAAUAUUUUUGCAAACGAAGUGGCAGCUAAGAUCAUGAACCUCACAGAGUUUUCCAUGGUGGAUGGCGUCUGGCAAGCCCAGAGCUUGCCCCGGAAUCGGUUACAUAGCGGAGACAGGUGGAACCGGCUGAAGGCCUCCAGCUGUGAAAGCAUCGCUGAGGAGGACUCAAAUGUCAGAGCCUAUGUCAACAGCCUGGGUUUAAUGAGCACCCUAAGUCAGCCAGUUAGCAGAGCCAGCUCCGUCUCCAAGCAGUCGAGCUGUGAGAGCAUCACAGAUGAGUUUUCCAGGUUCAUGGUGAACCAGAUGGAAAAUGAAGGCAGAGGAUUUGAGUUACUGCUGGAUUACUACGCAGGCAAGAAUGCCAGCAGCAUUCUGAAUUCAGCUAUGCAGCAGGCGUGCAGGAAAAAUGACCACCUCAGUGUGAGGCCGAGCUGUCCCUCCAAGCAGUCCAGCACCGAGAGUAUAACGGAGGAGUUCUAUAGGUACAUGCUGAGGGACGUGGAAAGAGAAAGCAAAGACAGCACCUCCUCCAGACGAAGCAGCCAGGAUUGGACAGCCAGCUUACUGUCACCUUCUCUGCGAUCCCCGUUGUGUUACAGACAGUCGUCCAUGCCAGAUAGCAGAUCCCUGGGCGCCAGGCUGACGGUGAAUGCGCCAUUCAAAGCCAACUCCUUAGAUGGCUUUGCGCAAAACAGCCAGCGAGAUUUCCUGAGUGUAGAACCAGUCAGUGGUGCUUCCUCAUCCGGGCUCUGCAAAUCCGACUCUUGCUUGUAUCGAAGAGGUGGAACCGACCAGAUCACAACUAUGUUAAUUCAUGAGACGUGGGCAAACUCAAUCGAGGCUCUCAUGCGGAAGAACAAAAUUAUAGUGGAUGAUGCCCAGGCAGCUGAUGCUGAGCCCGUUUCUGGUGGCUCUCCCGUGCACGUGGAGAAAAGUGCAAACAGAUUAGUUUCCAGCAGAGUGCCAAGUGGGCCAAUUCUCCUUGUCCAGGAGACUAUUGAUUACCCAAAGAAAGACUCUGUUACCAGAAGCCAACAUCCCCUCGAGUCGGCUCCAAGCAAAGAUGCUCCUCUUACAAAGCACAACAGUUUAGAUUCUAAAAAGGAAACUUCCUUGUGCCGUGAUGGUCUCCCUCCAAACCACACCAGGCGAUCACUUUGUUCAAGGGAAGUGCCUUUAAUUCAGAUUGAAACAGAUCAGAAAGAAGAGUGUGUUGGCGAACCUGAACACAUCGUCUCCAAAUGCGGCCCCCUAGAGGAAGCAGAGCAUUUGAAAGAAGAAAAAGGCCCAGAUGUGGCAAGGGAUGGAGACACUGCCGAGAGUGCCCGCCAAAAUCAUAGUGACAGCCUGGAUGCCAGAGACGUACCAGAGGCUGAAGUCUCAACAGAAGGCAGAGCCACCGAUGAGGUCCCCAACCCUCCCUGCAGCAGUGGGGAGAGCACAGACAGCUGGUCCCAGCUCGCCAAUGAGGACGACAACCUAGAUGAAUCCAGUAGUUUUCUGCAGCUCAGUGAGCGAUCCAUGAGAUGCAACCCAGGCUGGGUUUACAUGAGCAAUGGCAACAGUAGUGCCACUAGCAGUCUUGGCAUUACGGACCUGGACAUUUAUCAGGAAAGCAUGCCAGCUUCUCCCAUGAUUAAUGAAUUAGUAGAAGAAAAGGAGAUUCUUAAAGGACAGUCAGAAAACAUUGAGGAAUUUGUCUCUGGAGUGCCAGUGGGAGCAGCCAGCCGCCAGGGCAGUCUGCUGGUGAUCAACUUUGACCUGGAGCCAGAGUGUCCUGACGCUGAGCUUCGAGCCACUCUGCAGUGGAUAGCUGCCUCUGAACUCGGCAUCCCUACCAUCUACUUUAAGAAAUCUCAGGAAAACAGAAUUGAAAAGUUUCUAGAUGUCGUGCGGCUGGUUCAUCAAAAGUCCUGGAAAGUGGGGGAUAUCUUUCAUGCCGUGGUUCAGUACUGCAAAAUACAUGAGCAGCAGAAAGGCGGGACCCCGAGUCUCUUUGACUGGCUGUUGGAACUGGGAUAAAGCAGCUAUGUCCUGUAGAGUAUUCCUUCCUUUUAUUCCAGCUUAGAUUACAGUGAUUUGCUCUAAACGCUCUAAACUUCCUCAAAACAUUGCAUCACAUUAGCAGAGCUAUAAAAAUAAUCUGCAGCUCAAGUCUAUGGCACAUGGAAUAAAUCUGUGGGAAAGGAAAUUACUGAUCUGUACAAGUCAAUACAACCGGUAGGUGAGUUCAAAAUAGUUUGUAUUAGAAUGGCUGGGAAAACUGAAACUUUAAUGGGCCUCAAACUAGGCCCAAACUCUAGGAAAGCUGCUCUUGCAUAUUUUUAAUAAUAUAAAAUAUGUGAUGUCACCAAUUAUGUGAAUCAAAUGGAAACAAAUUCACUUGUCAAAAUAGUUUUGUAGAUUAUGCUGUAACCUUUAUGUUGCUUUUUUGAGCAGAUUAACGGGCCAUCAGCCCAGGUGAACACUUAAGAUUUGGAUAAGGAAUUUCCAGAACUUUGAUAUAAAAGAUUUCCACUUUCAGGUCAAUAUCAGUGGGUAUUAACAGAAAUGCAAGAGUAUUACCAACGUCCUCUACUGCGGUGAUUUUAUGUAUUGACUGCAACCCACUGAUAAAUAUUCCACAUAUCCCCAACAAUAUCUGGGUUCCUAGCUAAGCGGAAAAGUAUUGGUGUUCAGCUGAGAGAGAGAAAGAUCAAAGACUGCCUUGUUUCCAUCUCUGUAUUACUUGGUUAACAUAAUUACAGAAUUCAUACCCUAAAAGCAAGCUGUCUUUUGAGACAAAAUCCGCUUGUGCAUUAAAUUAUAUAAAAUAUAAACUUUCAUUUUAUUUUUAUUGUAAAUUAUGAAGAGAUUGUUAUCUUAAAUAAUAUAUUGAGCUAGUUUAGAGGUUUAUAGAAUAUGAAGAGAUUUUUGUCUUAAGUCACCAUAUUGACACUUGAGCUCAGUGAUUUCAUUAUAAAUGUGUUGGGACCCAUAUAGCAGACCAGCUACUUGAAGACAUUCAUAAUGACGGAUACAGAAUUUGACAUAACCAGUUAGGAUCAUGGACUCAUCUUGAUUUAAAGAUAUUGGCAUUUAACUUGGUAAAAAGAAAACCUUAUCACAUUUACGUAUUUUUUUUUUUACAUUUUCAUUUUUAAUAAGGGUUCUAAAAAUAACUGAUGAGUGUAGAUCUGUAGACAGUAACAGCAAGCUACGCAGUGUAUCGUGAAAAGUUUGUUGCACCUUCUGGUUCUUUGGAUUCUGAAUUGGGUUUUAAUUUAGUAUUUACAAAAAAAAUUUCUUCGGCUUAAAAUACCAAUUGUAUAGAAGUUUGUGACCAGCUUUCAAUUGUAUAUGAUAGGGAAUUUUUGACAUAUACAACUGAUGCUUUAAAAAGAUACAUACCUGAAAGUACCAGCGCUUUAGAAGGUGUUCAGAAGUGUUGAAUAUGUUAACAAAUUGUAAAAUAGACUGUUAACAGGAUGUAAUAAAAACCAACAGAAAACAGAACGAGCAGUGUGAAGUGACAGCAGAUGGGAGACUCCCCACAUGUUCAGUAAUUUUAAUAACAGAGAUUUAGUCUUUCGAGAAAUGAAAGUAUCUAACUUCUCCCUAAUAAGUCUUCUUUCCUUUCAACUACAUGAGCUGCACUGGCUUUUAUUUUUCUUGAUCAAAGAAAAUCUUCAUUAAAGAUGUCCUGAAACACUAUGCUUUUACACUAUUUUUAAAGAUUGGGAAGUAAUUUUAAAUGUGAACAAGGCCCAACACCAACAAUGCUGGACUAUGUAUCAUCCACAUCUUGAAAUGUCAAGAAAGUUUCCUUGUAAGCCACACUUCCCUCCCCAGCACCCCAGGAAUCCAUCCAGUACUCAUUAGCAUUUAUUAUAGAAAUAAUCCAAAUUUAGGUUAUAUGUGUAAUUUGGUACAUUAAUCAAAUGUCAAACUUUAAAAUGUAUCCAUCAUCUCAAGCUGAAAGCUCUUUGUGCUACUAAAUGGAAAAGGGUUUAUUUAUUUCAUAAACAAUCCCCAAAUAUUGUGUGUAGGCUUUUGUUGUGCUCAAAUGAAUGUUUACUUAUACUACAAAGCACAAACACUGACUCGUAACCAUGUGAUAAAGCUAUGUACGUGGUACUUAAUGUUGCAAUCAAUAAAUUUUUGUUGCCAAAUUGUUAGUCAUUUGUUUUUUCUCCAAGAGCUUUAAGCCCCUCAUGGAAAAAAUAGUCACAGUGUGACUGGAUGAAGAUAGACAUACCCCUUAGACAAGUUUUUCUGUCCCACUUUUGGAUUUUAAUAAACAAAUAUUCUUUGAUUAGCUUUGUUAGGGUCAAUAAUACUCAUGUAAAUUGGCGUUUCCCAAUCUUGGCACUACUGACAUUUGGGGCUGGAUAAUUCUUUGUUGCAGAGGGUUCCCCUGUGCGUGGAACCCUCUGGCUUGUACCCGCUAGAUGCCAGUAACCACUCCCUUCGAGUUAUGACGACCGAAAAUAUCUCCCAACAUUGCCAAACAUCACCCAGGGAGCAAAACUGCCACUGGUUGGGUACAACUGGGUUAAAUAACGCAUUGAGGGGGCAGAGCUCGAGGAUCUGGGAGGCAUAGCCCCUCAGCUGGGGAAUCCCAGCAGGAACCUGAAAACCAGGCAUUCUCCCCCCACCCUCCCAAGACCCAUGGGAGUAGCCUUCACGGUAAGUUAAAGGGACAGGAGAAAAAGUCACAAGACAAACAAGCAGUCUUCAGGCCUGGGGAUAAACCGACCGAGACUCAAGUAAACUAGAGCUACACGUAUCAGACUUAGAGGUAAAUGGAUCAGUGCUCUUUGAAUUCAGGAAAUAAACUAUUCGAAUUUGUGCACAUAAGGCACUUAGACUCCUGGACACUUUAUUCACUAAUGAGAAGGCAGGAAUAUGCUCACAAAAAGAAGAAUUCUCUAGUCAGCCAAAACAUGGGUUCCUUUACGUGCCCAUUUGCGCCAUUUGUGAAGGUUACUCUGGUCUACUGUUUGAAACAACAGGACAAUUAUUUUUAUCCUAGCACUAUUUUUAGUGAGAAAGGCAGUAGGCCACAUCUUAACCUUUUAAGAAACUCACACACAUGUCUAACAAUGCCUCACUUAAUUAGAUCAGUUAUUUCUUUCUUCCUUCAUUUUUGACAUUUUAUGAUCUUCUUUUUACAACUAAGUGCAGGGAUGUACUAGAAAAUGCAGUUACUUACACUCCCCACCGCGUGUGCUCUCCUGCGUUACUAAAUGUUCUGAAACGUUUUGUUUUCUUUUUUAAUAUAACGAAGUACGUGGAUCACUUGGUC